UACAUAUCUAUAUGCGUAUGUAAUGUAAAAAAGAUGUUAUUAAAUUUACUUUACAUAUAUUUAAUUGUACAUUUAUAUUUUAUUUACAGAAAGUUGAAUAGCACUAUGGAACGUAUUCAUAAAUGUGUACAGGUGAGAGAAAACCGACGACGCGCAUUACAAAAGCCAAAAUGUUUGCCAAUUUCAACUAAGAUAGAGAUGCAAACCUUUGAAUCGAUUGACGAGGAAAAAUAUGACGAAGUUGUGAAUUAUCUUCAAUAUGUGGGAGGAUUUACGGUAAAGGAAGCAAUUAAUAUGUCCUUUAAAGAAGUGAUCAAAGACGGUUUAAUGGUGGCAUACACCUGGUUUGGCUCUAAACAGGGUCUACAGCCCUUAUACAAGACGCGUAUAAUAAUGGCAAUUUAUGGUACGACUCUAACUUAUUCUAUUUUCUUUAAACUUAGUCUCAUCUCAAAGUUUAAUAUAAUAGGUAAUAUCACAAAGGGUCGAGCUGAAUAAGCAUGUGAAAGUUGCACUUGAGGGGAUUAGAUCGAGGCUAGAACCCAAAUUUGAGAUAGAAAGAAAAAAAUUUUUCACCAAGUUUCAGCCCUCUAUCAUAUUAUUUAUUUUUCUGAAGAGUUUUACGUGUUUUUCAGUUUUUCAUUUUUUUCUGCUCUUGUAGUUAAGCGAUU